UCCCCCUCCCUCCCGGCUCCUGAACUCCAGCCCCUCUCUCUCUAUCAGCCGCUCACUCUGUCUCAAUAUGUCUCAAGAUGGCGGCCAAUGUGGGAUCGAUGUUUCAAUAUUGGAAGCGCUUUGAUUUACAGCAGCUGCAGAGGGAGCUCGAUACCACAGCAACAAUAUUGGCUAACAGGCAAGAUGAAAGUGAGCAGUCUAGGAAAAAACUUAUUGAGCAAAGUCGUGAGUUCAAGAAAAACACUCCAGAGGACCUGCGCAAACAGGUAGCUCCAUUACUGAAGAGUUUCCAGGGAGAGAUUGAUGCGUUGGGUAAAAGAAGCAAAGAAGCAGAGGCAGCCUUCUUGAAUGUUUAUAAGAGAUUAAUUGAUGUUCCAGAUCCGGUUCCAGCCUUGGAUUUGGGACAGCAGCUUCAGCUGAAGGUUCAACGUAUGCACGACAUUGAAACAGAGAACCAGAAACUUAGGGAAACUCUAGAGGAAUACAAUAAAGAAUUCGCCGAGGUGAAAAAUCAGGAGGUUACAAUAAAAGCACUGAAAGAGAAAAUCCGAGAAUAUGAACAGACCCUGAAGAACCAAGCGGAGAACAUAGCCCUUGAAAAAGAACAAAAGUUACAAAAUGAUUUUGCAGAGAAGGAGAGAAAAUUGCAGGAGACACAGAUGUCGACAGCCUCGAAGCUGGAGGAGGCCGAACACAAAGUUCAAGCUUUGCAAACAGCCUUGGAAAAAACCAGAACAGAACUAUUUGAUCUGAAAACAAAAUAUGAUGAAGAAACUACUGCAAAGGCCGAUGAAAUCGAGAUGAUCAUGACAGACCUUGAAAGAGCAAAUCAGAGGGCAGAGGUGGCUCAGAGAGAGGCAGAGACCUUAAGGGAGCAGCUCUCGUCAGCUAACAAAUCUCUCCAACUUGCUACACAGAUCCAGAAGGCACCUGAUGUGGAGCAGGCCAUCGAGGUGCUGACACGGUCCAGCUUGGAGGUGGAGCUGGCUGCGAAGGAGCGGGAGAUCGCCCAACUUGUAGAAGAUGUCCAGAGACUCCAGGGCAGCCUCACCAAGCUGAGGGAGAACUCCAGCAGCCAAAUCUCCCAGCUGGAGCAGCAGCUCACAGCCAAGAACAGCACACUUAAACAACUGGAAGAAAAACUGAAAGGACAGGCUGAUUAUGAAGAGGUUAAGAAAGAAUUAAAUAUCUUGAAAUCCAUGGAGUUUGCACCAUCUGAAAGCUCUGCUUCGCAGGAUGCAUCUAAACCGCUGGAGGUGCUGCUGCUGGAGAAGAACCGCUCCUUGCAGUCGGAGAACGCCACGCUGCGUAUCACAAAUAGUGACCUGAGUGGGUCAGCCAGGAGAAAAGGGAAAGACCAGCCUGAGAGUCAGCGUCCUGCAACCUUGCCGGCCUCCCCUCCUUCUCAGUUGCUCCGCAACGCGGGGGAGCAGGCUUCCAAUACUAAUGGUACACACCAGUUCUCACCAACGGGUUUAAGUCAAGACUUUUUCAGCUCAUCCCUGGCGAGCCCCAGCUUACCCCUGGCCUCCACAGGAAAAUUUGCACUAAACUCUCUCCUCCAGCGACAGCUAAUGCAGUCCUUCUACUCCAAGGCAAUGCAGGAAGCAGGAAGCACAAGCAUGAUUUUUUCAACAGGUCCUUACAGCACAAACUCCAUAUCUUCCCAAAGUCCAUUACAACAAAGUCCGGAUGUAAAUGGCAUGGCCCCAUCUCCCAGCCAGUCAGAAAGUGCUGGGAGCAUCUCCGAAGGCGAGGAGAUAGACACGGCCGAAAUUGCACGUCAGGUGAAAGAGCAGUUGAUCAAGCACAAUAUUGGACAGCGGAUAUUUGGACAUUAUGUGUUGGGACUGUCACAAGGGUCUGUGAGCGAGAUACUAGCCCGGCCAAAGCCAUGGAAUAAACUGACUGUGAGAGGCAAGGAGCCAUUUCAUAAGAUGAAGCAGUUCCUCUCGGACGAGCAGAACAUCUUGGCUCUUCGCAGCAUCCAGGGUAGACAAAGAGAGAAUCCAGGCCAGAACCUGAACAGACUAUUUCAGGAAGUACCGAAACGAAGAAAUGGGUCUGAAGGUAAUAUAACCACAAGAAUCCGAACCACAGAGACAGGCUCUGAUGAAGCCAUCAAAUCCAUUCUGGAACAAGCCAAAAGGGAGCUGCAAGUACAGAAAACAGCUGAGCCGGCUCAGCCGCCUUCUGCAUCUAGCAGUGGCAAUUCUGAUGAUGCUAUUCGAUCCAUUCUGCAACAAGCCCGACGUGAAAUGGAGGCACAGCAGGCUGCCCUUGAACCUGCCUUAAAAACACCACCUUUAUCUCAAGCUGACAUUUCUAUCCUGUCCCCCAAACUAGUAUCUACACCUGCAAUGUCUUCGGUUUCCAGCUAUUCUCCUUUGGCCAUAUCCCUGAAGAAACAUUCAUCUGUCACUGAUUCCAGUAUCUCUGCAUUGCAGAACCUCUCUGGGCUCAAAAAGGAGCCUCAGGAGGCACCUGGUUUAGAGCUUCAUGCAAUAAGUGAUUCUGCACAGGGUAUGUUGAGGCAUGUUAAAAAUGAGUUGGGACGUGGUGGUGUUUGGAAAGACCAUUGGUGGAAUACUGUGCAGCAUGAGCGAAGAAACGCAGCUCUUCCUGAAGAUAUAAAAGUUGAGGAAGCCAGUGGUGGAAAAGAAAAGGUCAGCAAUCAGACUAGGCCAGAUCGUAGCCAGCUCCAAGGACCAUCUUCUUCAGAGUAUUGGAAAGAGUGGCCAAACGCCGAAUCUCCGUACUCCCAGAGUUCUGAAUUGAGCAUGACUGGGGCGAGUCGCAGUGAGACACCACAAAAUAGCCCCCUCCCUUCAUCCCCUAUCGUGUCCUUGUCAAAGCCAUCCAAACCUUCAGUUCCUCCACUGACACCCGAGCAGUAUGAGAUUUAUAUGUACCAGGAAGUGGAUACGAUAGAGCUAACGCGGCAGGUCAAAGAAAAGCUAGCAAAGAAUGGCAUCUGCCAAAGGAUCUUUGGGGAAAAGGUAUUGGGGCUGUCCCAAGGAAGUGUCAGUGACAUGCUCUCCAGGCCAAAGCCAUGGAGUAAAUUGACCCAAAAAGGCCGAGAACCAUUUAUUCGUAUGCAGCUCUGGUUGAAUGGUGAGCUGGGACAGUGUGUCCUGCCUGCACAAGGGCAGCAACAAGGACAAGUCCUUCACUCUGUGACAUCAUUACAGGAUUCCCUACAGCAGGGAUGUGCAAGCUCAGAAAGCACUCCAAAGACUUCUGCCAGUUGCAGUCCUGCUCCUGAAUCUCCUAUGAGUUCCAGUGAAUCAGUGAAAAGCCUGACUGAACUGGUACAGCAGCCCUGUCCUGCUAUAGAGACAAGUAAGGAUGGCAAAUCCCAGGAAUCUAGUGAGCCACCUGCUUCUGAAUCCCAAUCUACAACACCUCUGCCACUGUCGGGCCACUCUGCACUCAGCAUCCAAGAACUGGUGGCCAUGUCCCCUGAGCUGGAUACCUAUGGCAUUACGAAAAGGGUCAAAGAAGUGCUAACAGACAACAACCUUGUGUGGCUGACAAGCCUAAAAAGCAGCAGAAGAGCCAGGAAAUGUGCCCCAAACUCUGCAUUAGGUCAGCGUUUGUUUGGGGAGACAAUCCUAGGGCUCACACAAGGCUCUGUCUCAGACCUCCUGGCUCGCCCCAAGCCCUGGCACAAGCUGAGUUUGAAGGGAAGGGAACCCUUUGUCCGCAUGCAGCUGUGGCUGAACGAUCCCAACAACGUGGAGAAGCUGAUGGAUAUGAAACGCAUGGAGAAAAAAGCCUACAUGAAACGGCGGCACAGCUCCGUUAGCGACAGUCAGUCCUGUGAGUCCUCGUCUGCUGGCAUAGACUACAGCCAGGGAGCCAGCCCACAGCCACAGCACCAGCUGAAGAAACCCCGGGUGGUGCUGGCACCAGAAGAGAAGGAAGCUCUGAAACGAGCCUACCAGCAAAAGCCAUACCCAUCACCAAAAACCAUUGAGGAACUGGCUACGCAGCUCAACUUGAAAACCAGCACCGUGAUCAACUGGUUCCACAAUUACAGGUCUCGCAUCCGCCGGGAGCUGUUCAUCGAGGAGAUCCAAGCCGGCAGCCAGAGCCAGGCCGGGUCGAGCGACUCUCCUUCUGCCAGAAGCAGCCGGGCCGCUCACAGCUCCGAGGGAGACAGCUGUGAUGGCGUGGAUGGAGAAGGCCCACCCGAAGGGAAGCCGAGCGGCCAGGAGGCGGAUGAGUACAGCAAUGCAACCACAAAGUCUCAGGGAGGGCCAGCGGAGUCGGCUUUCGAAGCGGGGGAAGAGGCACUGCAGGGCUCCAGGUCUUCGGAGAAAGCGGAGCCGUUCCAGGCGGAGAGCCUGGAGGACACCGACGACGAGGGCAGGCUCAGAGCACCACCGCGCCAGAGCUCCCCAGCCGCGUCGCAGCGCUCGGGAGAAGCUCUGGAGACACUGCCAAACUCUGCCACGGAAGGGGAUGCCUCUACCUCAGCUGCCUCCACCUCAGUCCUUACAGGGGAGAGCUCCUACAAGUCGAAAGAAAGUUCAGAGAAAAUCUCCAGCGUGCCAAGUACGAGCUCGACGCCGGCCGCAGGCUCGCAGAAAGCCAACUCCCUUCAGAGCUUGUUCGGCUUCUCCGAGGCAGCGAGCUCCAGGAACACCCGAGACAGCUCCUUGAGGAAAAAGAAAGCGGCGAACUUGAACAACAUCAUCCACCGCUUGGAGAAGGCCGCGAGUCGAGAAGAGGCCGUGGAGUGGGAGUUUUGAGAUUAAAGUCGCCCAACUCUGGAGAGCUGGGAAGUGAAACUGGACCUCUACUGGUUUUAAUUGUGUUGCGCACUUAACCGCCCUGCGGGCCACAGGGCAAAAACGCCAUAGGCCAAGGUGCAUAUAGAAA